GUGCGCGCGUCUCCCAAAGCCAAACCCACCCAUUACUUCUUCUAGGUUGUUCUACAUGUCAAGCAGGAAGCGCCGAGGAGGCGGCCGCAACGGCGGCCGCACCGGCGGCCGCGGAGACGGCGGCCGCGGCGACGGCGGACGGGGCCAAUUCGACGGGUUCGCGCCGGGAAGCAGCCUCAACGUCUCGUCGGGCACGGCCUACUUCGCCGACCAGAACAGGAUGGGCCGCAUGAGUUCCGACCAGAGGGAAGGGCUGGAUCGCAUGCUCAAGUCGGGGAUCAUGGAACGCCAUAUAGCCGAGACGGGCGUCGACCCCAGAAGCGUCUGGAUUGCUCCGCCCACGAUACUUGAUAACCCGGAUAAGGACCCCAGUGAGUCGACUGACCCUGCGGAGAUGGAGGACUUUGGACCACUCCAUGAGGCAGCAUGCACGGGGAAAAUUGAUACAUGCAAAUACUUGGUGGAGGAGCUUGGGUUUGACAUCAAUUGUGAAGCUAAUAAUGAUUCGGGCAUCACACCUUUAGCUUGUGCAGUGUUGCGUGGCAAAUCAAUCACUGUGAAGUAUUUGCUUGACAAAGGGGCUAAUCCCGAUAAGCAAGACAACAAAGGCUUUGCUCCACUGCACUACGCUACAAAAGAAGGGAUGGACCGACUGGUUCGAGUCUUGCUGUCUAAAGGAGCUAGUGUUAAUGUACUCUCUUGUGAAGGGACGCCACUACAUGUUGCUGCCUCCUAUGGGAAGUCUGGGAUCAUGCAGAUCUUGUUGCAACACAAUGCUGAUCCACACAAGGUCGUGGCAGAUUUAGGCACUCCCAUGGCUGCAGUUCUUUCUGUUGCUUCCGGAAGAGUUAGUGAGUCUGCUGUUUUGAAGUGCAUGAAACUCCUUGUCAAGGCUGGUACUAAUUUGAAUUUCACAAAUCCUGAUCCUCCGUUGGUGAUAGCAACUAGCAAAGACUUAUCUGGAUGUGUUGAGUAUUUGUUGGAGGCCGGUGCAAAUGCCAAUAUUCCGAGCAAUCAUGGCUGUAUGACACCAAUAGAAAUCGCUGCAAACUCUGGCAGAAGAAAGCUUGUUGAGAUUCUAUUCCCGUUCACUUCACCCAUUCAAACUGUGUCAAACUGGACUGUUGAAGGAAUCAUUGCCCAUGCAAAAUUAAGGAAGAACAAGAGCGAGCUAAGUGAUAAAGAUAGCAAUGUUCAGCUGAAAUUAAAUGCAGAAAAAGCAACCAAGAAACAGGAUUCUAGUGCAACAAACCCCUGUUCAAAGAGAGGUGAUAAAGAUAAGAAGGCUGAGCUGAAAUUACUUGGUGCAAAAGCAGUGGAGCAGAAGGACUAUGCUAGUGCAUCAAAAUUCUACAGUGAGGCAAUCGAAGUGGAUCCUGAAGAUGCAACGCUUUAUUCAAAUAGGAGCCUCUGUCAUCUAAGGAGGAGUGAAACAGAUGAUGCUUUGCUUGAUGCUAAUGCUUGCAUAAGGCUCCAGCCUGAUUGGCCGAAAGGCUACUAUCGGAAAGGAGCUGCCCUCAUGUCGCUCAAGGAGUAUAAAGAAGCAUGCGAUGCAUUCUUGGCUGGAGGGAAACUGGAUCCUGCAAGUGCGGAGAUCCAUGAUGCAUUUUGGGAAGCAGUUGAGGCAAUGAAGAAAGAAUAUUCGGCUCGACAAAAUUCCAAGUCAUCUGAUCUCCCGGUGCCGCGUAGCCGAUUUGUUUGCUCUCCCUCGCUCCCUGCCAACCCACGUUCUCCCACUCCCACCUCCUUCCCCUCGAAGCCACCGCCUAAGCCGGCAAUCCCUGCGCUGCACGACCCACCCACACCCCAUCACCUAGCCGUCGGAGCCGCCGUCCGCCGCCGCCGUAACCCUACAAUGGAGUCGUCGCCGGCGCCGUACGUGGACAAGUCACACUUCUACGCCAUGAUCGACUACAGCAUAAACGCCAACCCCGGCUCGCUGGAGAGCGAUUUGGUCCAGGCGAUACAGGAUGGGGAUGUGGACAACCUCAAGGAGAUGGUGAGUGAAAUGGACCAAGAGGAAAGGGCAGAGCUUGCUCACAUGGAUAUAUGUGGCUCUAGCUUGCUACAACUGGCCGUAUACCUCGCUCAACUGGAAGUCUGCAAGUACUUCGUGGAGGAGCUCGGGUUUGACGUCAAUGCCGGUGCCCUCUGCGGCGGUGUAACACCUCUGAGUUCUGCAGCAUUGUUUGGAGAAGUAGUUAUUGCCAGAUAUCUUCUUGACCAUGGAGCUGAUCCGAAUAAGAUAGAAGAUUCAGGCUCUGUUGCUCUUCAUAAUGCUGCAAAAAAUGGGAAUGAGGGAGUAGUGCGUUUGCUGUUAUCUAGAGGGGCCAGAGUUGAUAUAGCUGUCGCUCAUGGCACACCACUGCAUAUUGCUGCUUCCUAUGGGAAGACUAGUGUUUUGAAGACUUUAUUGGAUCACCAUGCUGAUCCAAACAGGGUUUCAGAAGUUUCAGGUACCCCUCUAGUUACGGCUCUUCAUUCUACUAAACAUGGAUUGAGUGAAUCUGAUUCAUUGGAAUGUGUCAAGCUACUUGUGAAGGCUGGUGCUAAUGUGAAUUAUGCUAAUCCAAACACUCCCUUGGUGGUGGCAACUAUGCGUGGCUUGGCUGACUGUAUUAAGUACUUGCUGGAGGCUGGUGCGAAUCCUAACAUUUCAGAUAAACAGGGCCGUAUGCCAAUACAAAUUGCUGCAAGCUUUGGAAGAAGAAGCCAUGUGGACAUUCUAUUUCCUUUCACUUCUCCCAUCAGAGCAGUGUCAAACUGGACUGUUGAAGGAAUUAUUGCUCACGAGAAAUUAAAUUGCUCAAUUCCCAAGGAUGAGUCUUGUCACAAGAUCGAGGAUAGAAUAGCUGAGCUGAAAUCUCAAGGAAAAAAGGCAGUUAAGAGAAAUGACUUCCUUGGUGCGUCAAACCUCUACACAAAGGCACUUGCGCUAAACUAUUUUGAUGAAACGUUGUAUUCAAAUAGGAGCCUUUGCUACCUAAAAAUUGGCAAAGCACGUGAGGCUUUGUUUGAUGCUGAUGUAUGCAUUGCAAAACGACCCGAGUGGGUGAAAGGAUACUACCGGAAAGGAGCUGCUCAUAUGUCGCUCAAGGAGUAUGAGGAAGCAUCCGAAGCUUUCCAGGAUGGACUCGAGCUGGAUCCUGGGAAUGCCGAGAUGGAGAAACUGUUGUGGGAGGCUUGUAAGGCCAUGGGAAAGGACCAUCCUGCCGGAGGAAGUAUCAACUCAGCAGAUUAGUCAGCACCGCACUGUUUACGCAUGCCUUGUUUUGGCUCUUUGAUGUCAGUCUCGUAGUAAAACGUGUUUACAGUUCUGUUUUGCGCCAAACUAUGACCCUUUGUUGACUGUCUAGCUCACAGCGAAUCAAAGGGCCAAAUGCAACCGAAGUUACAAAAUUUCAGCUAUCUUUUUUUACUUGAA